GGUUUUGUAACUGAUGUUAACUCAACUCAGCUGAUUGUCAAAUGACGAACGUUAUUUCUUUGAAGUCAUUUUUUUACACAAAAACCAAUUGAUCAACAUGAUUUAUUUUUUCUAAUGAUCUGGAAAUGUAUUCUUGAUGUAACAAAGUGACUCAUUUGAGCGAUUGCAGAAUUAUCUGAAUGGAGUAAAAAUGGAGAACAGGGCAUCAGCGAAUGCUAAUGAAGUCCCCUCAAUUGAUAAAACAACAAAUUACAAGAAAAUAUUUAAGAUUAUUGUCAUUGGGGAAUCAAAUGUGGGGAAAACUUCCUUGACUUAUAGAUUUUGUGAAGGGGCUUUUUUGGAACAAUCGGAGGCCACGAUUGGGGUUGAUUUUCGGAGCCGAAACUUAACAAUAGAUGGAGAAGACAUAACUUUGCAAUUAUGGGACACUGCAGGUCAAGAGAGAUUUAGAUCAUCAAUGGUAAAACACUAUUAUAGAAAUACGCACGCGAUAGUUCUAGUUUAUGAUGUCACGAAUGCCGCUAGUUUUGAUUCAUUGAAAAAAUGGGUUGAGGAGUGUAAUAGGAAUUGUCUCCAUGAUAUUCCAAGAAUUCUUGUUGGGAAUAAGUGUGAUGGAGUGGCUGCCGUUACCACAAACGUGGCGCAGAGAUUUGCAGAUCAAUACAAUAUGCCGUUAUUUGAAACCUCUGCAAGACUCGACUCUCAUUGUGAUAAUAUAGAAGCGAUUUUUCUAACUCUGGCUCACAAGCUAAAAAGUCAGAAGCCUUUUCUACCUGUCACUAACAAUAUUGUAGUGGAUAGUGUUGUAGAGCCAUCUACAAAAUCAUGGAGGUGCUGUUAAAUAAUUUGGUAAGAAAAAAAAACUGUGGAUAAUAUAUUUAUUUUGAAUGAAAAUUGUUCUUUUUAAUUAAUUUGUAUUACAUAUAUUAUUAUACAA